GCACAAACUAUUGCUCACAAUCAUCUAACUGUGUAAUGUCAAUCUGAUUUCAAAUUCUGCUUCAGCCUCAUGUUAGCCUCAUGUUCACGCAAAAGAAAGUCUGCCAAUCACAGUCUGCGUAAGUGACCUUCAGGAGCUCGGCCUUUAUGCGGAGCAGCGUGCGUCUGUUGCAAUUUAGCUGAUAUAUUUCUUGACUUUUCUGUCUGUCUUUACUGUGGGAAUGCAAAUAAAGUAUUGUGGACAGGCAAAAGUCAAUGGCUAUGGUGUUUCAUUUCUCUAUGAGUCGGGUUCCCUCCUCGUUGUAGCCCAUAAAGAUGGGUUUUGGUGUUUACUGGGUUUGUUCAUUUCUUUUCUUUACAAAUAAUGGCAGUGGAUGGCAAGGAAUUGGAUGUGAUGUGUGACUCAGUUAAGCAGUCACGAGAGCAGUACAUGCAAAAUUUUUUUGAAUCGUUUAGUUCCACUGAUCCGUCGCGGUAUUUCUCUUUAUCAGAGGAUGGUCUAGACUUGAAGUUUGUAUGGUCUAAAGAAAUCAAGAAUGGCAUCAAAAUUGUUCUCGGGUCUUUUCGUUUACAACGUGCACAAGAUACUUUGAAGUUUGUAGGGGAAUUUACAUUUAAAUUCGUCGCUGGUUGUACUGGUUUAUUAACUUGUUUGCAAGAUACGAAGAAGGAAAACGAAAUCCUUAGGUCGUUAGCAGAAGUUUCGACAAAGAGGUACAAAGAAUUGGUGUCAGAAAUGGAGGAUAAAGAAACAGUCCUGCUUUCGAAAUUCUCAGCCGUUUUGAAUGAAAAAAAGAGAACGAUAGAUAGCCUUAAGAGAUACCCACAAUGUAUGUCUUAUGACAAUGGAAACGCACCAGACACACCGCUAAUGCAUUCUACUGCGGUGUUUGAGCAGGAUGCAGAUGACUUGAUACCCCCAAAAAGUCGUAAACUUUCGAGCAGUAUGGUUGUUAGAAGUUUUCGUAAAUGAGUGUUGAAGUGAAACCUCGCUUCUUCAUUUUAUUCAGUGAUGUGGCGAUAUUCAAGAGCCUACGUUGAUUUGUUUGUUGCUGGUUGUUUUCGAUGGCAGUUCCACACUGAAUAUUUUGUAAAAGGCAAAUUGGUCCGGUGUCUUUCACAGUCUGUAAAUAAUACGUAUAUCUUUGGCAGUGUCGAUAUAUUUGCUUUCAUUUUCUUCUAUUGUACUACAGAUAUCUUCAUAGUUCUGUGACAUGUCUGUCUAAAGGCAUCCCAUACUUCUGGGUUCCGACCACUCCCCUGCAAAAUGUAUGAUUUUUCACUUGGAUUACAUGAUUUUCUAUUGAUGAGUUUAAUGCUUACUCUGUAUUUGUAUAUGUAAUGAAAAAAUAUGCUUGUACAUAUUUUGUGCGACAGUUGUUAAAUAUACGAUAACACUGAAUAUUAUCAAAUUAAAACAGUGGUUAAUAA